AUGGAGUCAGAAAUACAAGACCUCCUCGCCUGGGCCAAAACAAAAGGCAUAGAAAUCAAUGGCUGCGCCCCAAAGCAACUACACGGCCGUGGCCUCGGCAUUGUAGCAACACGAGAGCUCGAGGAAAAUGAAGUCAUCUUGCGCGUGCCUACAAAUACACUACGGUCCCUCGCCAACACGCCACGGGACAUUGUCGCGCAGCUGCCCGGCGCCAGCGUACAUGCGAUCCUAGCCGCUGCGCUGUGCCUUGACGGCGACGACGAGGACGGCGACAACAGCUCCUCCUCCCUCGGCGCGUGGCGCGGCGUCCUCCCCUCACGGGAAGAUGUCCACACCCUCCUCCCCCUCUGCUGGCCCGCCGAGCUGCGCGCCCUGCUCCCCCACAAGGCCGCGAAGCUCCUCUCCCGACAACGCGCCAACUUCCAGCGGGACUGGGCCGCCGUCGAGGCCGCCUCCUUCCCCUCCCGCCCGCGCCGUCCGACCUGGGACGAUUUCCGGCACGCGUGGCUCCUCGUCAACACGCGCUCCUUCUACCACACCACGCGCGGCACCGCCACGCGCCCGCGCGAGGACCACAUGGUGCUGCAGCCCGUCGCCGACCUCUUCAACCACUCGCCCGCCGCCGCCGACGUCUGCGAGGGCUCCUUUGAUGACGCCGCCUUCACCAUCACCACCCGCGCGCGGCACGCCCCCGGUGACGAGCUCUUCAUCAAGUACGGGCCGCACGGCAACGACUUCUUGCUCGUCGAGUACGGCUUCGCGCUGCCGCCGCCGCUCGACGCUGCCUGGGACGAGACGUGCCUGGACGAGCAGCUGUGCCCGGCGCUGGCGGCGGUGCCCGGCGCGCGCCAGCGCCUGGAGGAGGCCGGCUUCUGGGGAGGGUACAUGCUGGACCGCCAGACGGCGUGCUACCGCACGCACGUCGCCCUGCGCGCGCUGUGCCUGACCCCGCUGCGGUGGCGCCAGGUGCUGGAUGGCGAGCGCGAUGAGGAUGCAGACCGGGAGCGUGUCGACGCGGCGCUCGUGGGGGUCCUGCGGCGGUACGAGGAGGACAUUGCCGCGCGCAUAGCCGACGUGGAGGGAGCAACGGCCGGGGAGCCUCUUUCGAGGGAGAUUAUGCGGGAUCGCUGGCUGCAGAUCCAGGAUCUGGUGGUGAGUACGCGAAGGAGGUUAGAGGAAUAA